AUCCCAAGGUCAGCGGCGCUGCUGGGGACCACUCUAAAGUGGAAGGAGGAAAAGGUUCGCGGAAGGCGAGGGUCCGGGAAGAGGAGGGGCGGGCGCCCCGGGCCAGGUGGCCUCUCGGCGCUGCCCGCGGGGGGCUGGGCCUGCGGCCCCCAGCCAGCCUCUCCGCUUCCCACUUCCCAUGCGGGAACGGGUCGAGUUCGGAAGCCACCGCAGGGAUACGGAAGCCUCCUUCUGCCAGUUCGGCAGGACCGGACCCGCAGCCAACCUGGCCAGCCCCGGGCGCGGGUCCGCGCUGAGCCGCGCCGAGGCCCCCGCAGCCCCUGCCCUGCGCCGCUGAGCGAGGCCGCCCUGCGCCAGGCGGACGCGGCUGCAACUCGUGGAGGCUCAGCGCGCAGGCGCCGCCGAGCCCUGCCUGGAUGCUCAGUCAAAGCACUAAGGCCAAAAAAAAAUAAAAAAUAAAAAAUAAUCAGCAAUUUAUAGAAAGAAGAAGCUAUAGUCUGUCGGGAUGCCCAACACCAACAGGUAGGAGGCCAGCCUCUCGGUUAAGUUUGUGGGGAGGAGGGCUCACAUGUCGAUGAAACUGCAGGUUCGCCAGGAAAGCGCUCCCCCUCCCCCCCAGGUGGGUUUUUUUUGUUUUGUUUUGUUUUGUUGUGUGUUUUUUUUACAAUAAACUACAUAAUGGAAGUACAUUCGGACAAUGCAUCUUCAGUCGGGCUUAUUCAAAGCUCCAUUUUUGGAAAGCGUUGCAAGACUGAGGACUACCGCCUGCGAGCCGCCGGAAACAGUUCCCUUGCAGCACAGAAACAGUCUUCUCGCACCAUCUUCGCAUAUUCUGAUGGCAAAUCAAAUGGAAGAAAAGAGGAAGCAUGACAGCAGAUUGGAUCGAUUCUCUUUGUGGAUUACAUUUUCAGUAAAAUGUAUGGGUCUGUCUUUUCCUUGUUCUAUCUAGAUCAUGAGACUUGACUAAGGCUGUAUCUUUAUCCUCCAUCCAUCUAUGGCGAACUAUAGCCAUGCAGCUGACAACAUUUUGCAAAAUCUCUCCCCUCUAACAGCCUUUCUGAAACUGACUUCCUUGGGUUUCAUAAUAGGAGUCAGUGUGGUGGGCAACCUUCUGAUUUCCAUUUUGCUGGUGAAAGAUAAGACCUUGCAUAGAGCACCUUACUACUUCCUGUUGGACCUUGGCUGUUCUGAUGUCCUCAGAUCUGCAAUUUGUUUUCCAUUUGUAUUCAACUCUGUCAAAAAUGGCUCUACCUGGACGUAUGGGACUCUGACUUGCAAAGUGAUUGCCUUUCUGGGGGUUCUGUCCUGUUUCCACACGGCUUUCAUGCUCUUCUGCAUCAGUGUCACCAGAUACUUAGCUAUCGCCCAUCAUCGCUUUUAUACAAAGAGGCUGACUUUUUGGACGUGCCUGGCUGUGAUCUGCAUGGUGUGGACUCUGUCGGUGGCCAUGGCGUUUCCCCCGGUUUUAGAUGUGGGCACUUACUCAUUCAUUAGGGAGGAAGAUCAAUGCACCUUCCAACACCGCUCCUUCAGGGCCAACGAUUCCUUGGGAUUUAUGCUGCUCCUUGCUCUCAUCCUCCUAGCCACACAGCUUGUCUACCUCAAGCUGAUAUUUUUUGUCCACGAUCGAAGGAAAAUGAAGCCAGUUCAGUUUGUAGCAGCGGUCAGCCAGAACUGGACCUUUCAUGGCCCCGGAGCCAGCGGCCAGGCAGCUGCCAAUUGGCUAUCGGGAUUUGGAAGGGGCCCCACACCACCUACCUUGCUGGGCAUCAGGCAGAAUGCAAACCCCACGAGCAGAAGAAGGCUAUUGGUCUUAGAUGAGUUCAAAAUGGAAAAAAGGAUCAGCAGAAUGUUCUACAUAAUGACUUUUCUCUUCCUAACCUUGUGGGGGCCCUACCUGGUAGCCUGCUAUUGGAGAGUAUUUGCAAGAGGGCCGGUAGUACCGGGAGGAUUUCUAACAGCUGCUGUCUGGAUGAGUUUUGCCCAAGCAGGAAUCAAUCCUUUUGUCUGCAUUUUCUCCAACAGGGAGCUGAGACGCUGUUUCAGCACAACCCUCCUUUACUGCAGAAAAUCCAGGUUACCAAGGGAACCUUACUGUGUUAUAUGAAGGAGCAUCUGUAAAUCUUUAGCCUUCUGAAACACUGACCUUCUCUGUUAAGCAACUGUGGCCUGUAGCCAUAUCUUGAGAAGAAAAUCAAGAAUGGGAUUAGUGGUUAUAGGGAUUUGGGGGACUUUCUGCAGUCUUUGCAAUUGUUCACCGAUAAUCCUAUUUUAAAUCUCAGAGUGAUCCUGCUGACUGCCCAUGGAGGUUUGAUACUGAGAAAGGACUGAACCACUGCCCUAAGUUUCUUUAUGUGGUUGAAAACUAGGUAAUGAAAUUAGCAGGUGCUAAGUAUCAGUGCUAAAUGCUGUGUAUAUCACUACUUAUGAAAAAAACAUUUCAAAAAAAAACUAGCAUUGGACAUCUUAAUAAGUUAAGUUGACUUGAGGUAAAUAUGUUGAUAAAAACUAAUUUUAGAAGUUUGAAGAGUUUAAAACAUUUCAUACUAUUAUUGUUUUGCAAAUACUAAAAUACUUGGGGACUUAAAGUACCAUAAUCCACUAAAGAUAUGCCAUGAAUUAUUGAAUUGUGACAUUUAAAAAAAAAAUCAUCUUGUAAGUUUGGAGGUGCAUUCCAAAGCAGUAUAUUGGUUCCAAUUAGAGUUUACUUUUUUUUAAAAAAAAAAGUGUGUUUAUUGAUUUUUAGAGAGAAAGGAAGAGGGAGGGAUAGAGAGAUAGAAAUAUUGAUGAGAGAGAAACAUCAUUAAUGGGCUGUGUCCUGCAUGCCCCCUACUGAGGAUUGAGCCACAAUCCAGGCAUGUGCUCUGAACAGGAAUCAAACUGCUGACCACUUGGUUCCUGGGUAGACACUCAACUGCUGAGCUACACCAGUCGGAGCUAGAAUCUACUUUUUAAAAAUUAAUAUGUUACCAUUACUAAAUACCACUUUCCUUACCUACUAGUUAAAUUGCUAGCAUUGAACUGUAUUACUUGAUUUUUGUUGAUUUGGUACAAAAUUUUCCCAGUUCGCUUUUAUUUGGCCUGGAAGGCAACAUUAAUGGUACAAUUGAGCUGUUCUAAUAAUUCAGAAUAAACAUGUUGCUUCUAAUAUCUUUCAUCUUACUUAGUAUUAGAGCAAAUAGUCAAGGGAUAUCAAAUCAGUAACUGGUCAUGAUCAUGCAUCUGGAAGUACAUGGAAGAUCAUUAACUCUCUUUUCUUUUUCCUCACGUGGUUUAAAAAUUAAGGUGCACAUUAUUGGAAUAAUGAAAUUGUGCUACUCAUUCUAGUAUGUUCUGAGAAGCAGGCAGUUGAUGUAUGUUUAUAUUUUAAGUCAGCUGUCAAGGGGAGACCACAGCCUUAGUAUGACAUCCUGCACAGUUUGUGAAGUGUUUAUUCUACAGAAGGCACAGUCUUGUUUAUAUUUUCUGCACAUUCAGUGUAUUUGUCAUUUAAUUAUUUAAGAUUUAACUUGUGAAAGCUUUAAUAUGAUUUCUGGUAUUUUAGAAAUAUAUUAGAGUCUGUGAGUCUCAUUCUUUAAAAUACAGAUGUGUGAAUUUCAAUAUAAAGUUGCAUUUGCCAAAACUUAACUGUGUAGCCUGUUAUUUUCUGGAAUAAGUUUUAUAGUUUUUGACAAUUAAAAAAUUUUUGGACCUGGAAAGCAAGCACAAACUAGGAAGACUAGCUUUAAUAUAGUUUUUUUUAUUUUUCUUGCUCACUAUUAAUUUAGAAAUGGAAAUGCAUAAAUGAUAGGGAGUAUAAAGCUGAUACACAUUAUAUUAUCUGUAAAAGCAUUAUUUGAUAGCUUAUUAUAAUUAUCUUUCUCUUUAUUUUUAUAAGCCAGUAACAUUUAGAGACAUACCUGUGUAGUUGGUUAAUUCAGAAUUUUCAUAUAAAUAUCACAUUUUAAUUUGUGGCAGAGUAGAAAUUCGGGAUUCUAAAUAUUUAGCUUGUAAGAAGAAUAGUUUACAAUAAUGUUAUGACAAACCAGACAAGCUGUUAUUGUUUUUUGUUUGUUUUUCAUUGUUUUUAUUUGUUUGGGGGUUUUUGUACUUAAAAAAAUAAGCUUAGGAAUAAUGGAACAGAAUUUUUAUUGCUAUAGUGUAUCUGUAAAGAGAAUAUAUAAAUAUAAAUAAGGAAAAAUAAAUAAAAUGUCUCAGUGAUGUAUAUAACUAUUCAGUUUGCUCAUAUAAGGACAGCUGAAGCGAUGAUUUAGUGAGGACUCUGUUAGACCUCAUUUUUACUUUAUACUAAAGUUGAUUGGAUCUGAAACAGUUUAAUGUACAACACUGGGUUGAAUCUAGCAAUAAAGUCCCCUGGUUGC